AUGACUAUAGAACCGCGAAUGGAAAACUUGCAUCUCACCACAGACGCCCUGAUCAUUUCCGCGGCGGUAGGAGACUACCGCAUGAGGCGGAUCCUAGUCGACACCGGAAGCUCAGAGGAUAUCAUCUAUGAACAUUGCUUUAACAGAAUGCAACCAGAAGAUAAAAAGCUGCUUGAAUCAGUACACGCCCCUAUCAAAGGUUUCACAGGAGAGAAGGUCGACCCUAUCGGUCAAAUCACUUUCCCGGUAACUUUCGGGCAAUCACCCAAAGAAAGAACCAUACUACUAACCUUCCUUGUGGUCCGCGCUGAGUCAUACCACAAUGUGAUUAUCGGAAGGUUCACCCUGGGAAAGUUAGACGCCAUAGUCUCCACGGCGAGAGGUUUUAUGAAGUUCCCAACACCGAAAGGUAUCGCUACCGUAUUUCGCGAUAGAAUCGGAGAAGUAUUGGACACCAAACGAUGUCGCCAAGGGCCCACAGGGGCCACGGGACCAGAAAGGUGGGUAUUGAGCACGCGCCACCCGGACCAAAUGGUCACAAUUGGGGACACUCUGUCCCCAGAAGUGAAGAGCGAUUUGAAGCAAUUGUUAAAAAGAAAUGCAGACAUCUUCGCUUUCGAGCACUCCGAUAUGACGGGAGUCCCCCGCGAUAAGGCGGAACAUAAGCUCGCCACACUCCCAGGCGUUAAGCCAGUCGCCCAGGGUAAACGCAGCAUGGCCCCGGACCGCCGGGUGGCGGUCGUGAAGGAAGUACGCAAGUUAGUGGAAGCUGGAAUUCUCAGGGAAACGCAGUACCAUACUUGGGUGUCCAACCCGGUCAUGGUAAAGAAACCAGAUGGCACAUGGCGAAUGUGCAUCGAUUUCAAAGAUCUAAACAAGGCAUGUCCAAAAGACGCGUACCCGUUGCCCGAGAUUGAUUUAAAGGUCGAUUCCCUGGUACCCUAUCGAUUCAAGUGUUUCCUAGACGCGUAUAAAGGGUACCACCAAAUCAAAAUGUCCAAAGAAGACGAAGAGAAAACAGCGUUCCACACCGACGUUGGCAUCUUCUGUUACACCAAAAUGCCUUUCGGGCUACGAAACGCAGGAGCUACAUACCAGAGGCUCAUGGACAAGGUGUUCGAAACACAGAUCGGGCGAAAUUUGGAAGUCUAUGUAGACGACCUCGUAAUCAAAAGCAGCGAAGAAAAACAAAUGUUGGCAGAUAUAGAGGAAACUUUCCAGCGACUUAGAGAGUACAACAUAAAGUUAAAUCCAAAGAAAUGUUCGUUUGGGGUGGAAGAGGGGAAGUUCCUGGGGGUAGUAGUCACCCGAGACGGUUUUAAAGCUAACCCGGAAAAAGUAUCCGCCAUAUCGCGAAUGCCUUCGCCCCGAACGCUGAAGGAAGCUCAAGCCCUAAAUGGACGACUGGUAGCAAUCAACUGGUUCUUAGCAAGGCAUGCUGAAAAGUCAUUGCCAUUCAUAAAAACGUUAAAAGAUUGCCUCGACAAGAAGAAUUUCAAAUGGACCAGCGGAGCGGAACAGGCUCUGCAGGAAAUGAAGCGUUUUAUAGAAAGGUUACCCACGCUGACCGCGCCUAGACCCGGUGAAAUGCUAAAAAUGUAUUUAGCGGCAGCUCACACGGCGGUGAGCGCCGUACUCAUGGUUGAACGAGAGGGGAAACAAACACCAAUAUACUACAUAAGCCGGGUGUUAGCGGGGCCUGAAACGCGCUAUCCUACACUGGAAAAGCUAGUUUUAGCAUUGGUGCACGCCACGAGGCGAUUGAGAAGGUACUUUCAGGCACACCGUGUACAAAUCUUAACCAACUAUCCGCUACAGCAGGUCCUGCACAAACCAGAGGUCUCGGGUAGGUUGGCUAAAUGGGCCAUUGAGUUAGGGGCCCUAGAUAUCGAAUAUCAGAAGCGAACGGCGGUUAAGGCGCAAGUGAUUGCUGAUUUCUUAGCCGAAAUACCGGAAGGAGAGGUCGUUACGGACCCGGUCAUCCAAGAUAUACCAGAGUCCAGCACUGCGAGGCAGACUUGGAAGUUAUACACGGAUGGAUCAUCUAGUGGAAAGGGGUCCGGUGCAGGCCUAAUGCUGAUAAGUCCAGAUCAAGUCAGGCUAAUGUACGCCUUACGUUUUGACUUCGAGUGCUCUAAUAACGAAGCGGAAUACGAGGCAUUAUUGGCAGGGUUACGGAUGGCAAAAUCCAUGGGGGCAGCUAGGGUAGACGCAUACGUCGACUCGCUGCUGGUCAACAAUCAGGUCAACGAAACGUACGAAGCCAAAGACGAGGCGAUGGCAAAAUACCUGGCAAAAACUAAAGAACUCAUGAAUUCCUUCGACAAGGUCACACUCAACCAUGUGCACAGAGGGAAAAAUCAAAUAGCAGACGCCCUAAGCAAACUCGCUACCUCAGGCAUGGAAAAGGAAGUCAAAGUCGAAACGUUGCAGACACCUUCAAUAGAACCGCGGAGUGUUUCCGCUGUCACAACAGAAGAACCUUGCUGGUAUACCCCGAUUCUACGCUUUCUCGUAACAGGUGAAUUACCUCCCGCCAAGGGCGAGGCGCAAAAGAUACAAACGAAAGCGCUGCAAUAUGAAGUCAACGAUGGUAUCUUAUACCGAAAAUCUUACUUAGGUCCGCUGCUGCGAUGCGUUUCCCCAAUAGAGGCAAAGUACCUCAUCGGAGAGAUUCACGCGGGUAUAUGCGGUAUACACGCCGGACCUAGAGCAGUGGUGGCCAAAAUCCAUAACGCAGGAUAUUACUGGCCCGGGAUGCAUGAAGACGCUGUAACGGAACUGCGAAAAUGCCGCAGUUGCCAAAAGUUUGCUCCUCAGACGAUACGGCCCAAAAACAGCCUGGUACCGGUAACAGCAGCAUGGCCUUUCCAGAAAUGGGCUGUGGAUAUCGUAGGACCUUUCCCGCCGGCCCCCGGAAAGUUGAAGUACCUAAUUGUGGCGGUCGAUUACUUCACCAAAUGGGUGGAGGCAAAACCUUUGGCUAAGAUAACGGCGGAAAACGCCAAAAAAUUCCUCUGGGAGCACAUCGUGUGCAGGUUCGGGUUACCGCUCUACCUGGUAAGCGACAAUGGGACACAGUUCACAGAUAGAAUUUUCCAGGAAUGGUGCACUGACCUCCACAUCCAGCAGAUUUUCACGUCGGUUGCACACCCACAGGGUAACGGACAGGUGGAGCGGGCGAAUAGGAGUUUGCUAGAGGGAAUCAAAAAGCGACUGGGGCACGAGGGAAGCUCGUGGGUGGAAGAAUUGCCACAUGUACUUUGGGCGCAUAGAACAAUGCCCAAAACUAGCAACAACGAAACCCCAUUCAGCCUCACCUACGGAAUGGAGGCAAUGAUACCCGCUGAAGCAGGGUUACCAUCAUUACGCCGCCUAAGCAUAGGGAGUAACAACGACCAAUCGCUGAGAGAAGGUUUAGAUCUGUUGGAAGAAAGGCGUGAGGCGGCCGCCAUCAGCGAAGCGCGAUACAAGAAAACGUUGGAAAAAUAUUACAACAAACGGGUGGCUAAACUAAGUUUCAAGGCGGGCGAUUACGUCAUGCGUGACAACGAAGCAAGUCGGAUGGAACCUUCGGGAAAGCUGGGUCCCAACUGGGAAGGCCCUUACGUCAUUCAAGAAGACCUGGGUGAAGGGGCCUAUCGCCUAUCCCGACUAGAUGGCACGCCAGUCCCGCGCAGUUGGAACAUCGCCCAGUUGAAGAAAUGCUACCUGUAA